UCUCCUCGCUUCACUUCUCUUGUUCUGAGUGGUGGCGCUGCUCAUGCUAAGCGUCUGGAGGAUCUUCAGCGUUUUCAAGCCACUGGGGCAACUAUCAUCGUCGCUACUCCUGGUCGCUUAGUCGAUCUUGUUCAGAAAGCGCCUCUCUUCUUGGGCCAAGAGUCCAACAACCAGACCUUUAAUCCUAUUGUUCGGGGACUUCGCAGCUUGGAGAUUCUGAUACUGGAUGAGGCCGAUCGCUUACUAGACAUGGGAUUUGAGUCACAAUUGAACUCAAUACUUGGUAUGUUACCAAAGCAGCGGCGGACGGGUCUGUUUUCCGCCACACAGACGAACCGUUUGGAUGAUUUGUUGCGGGCUGGACUAAGAAAUCCAGUCAGUAUUGUGGUGAGAGAGAAGGAGGAACUCUCAACAACGCACCAACAAAGAACUCCAUUAACUUUGGAAAACUACUUCUUGGUUGUUGACCCUGCUGACAAGCUUUGCGCCCUCAUCACCUUUCUUCGAAGCCACUUAUCCACAGAGAAGAUCAUUGUCUUCUUCGCUUCUUGUGCAGCUGUCGACUAUUUCGGUCGCCUUCUUCGCAACGGCCUCCUACCUCCCAACCAGGCUUCCCUCGUUCACGUCCUCCACCGCAAAAUGAGGUCAAAAAGGGUCGCUGAAUUCGAAAAAUUCCGCUCCACCAAGAAGGGUGUUCUGCUUUGCACAGAUGUGAUGGCACGAGGGAUCGACGUACCUGGAAUAAAUUGGGUGCUGCAAUGGGAUCCACCCUCGAAUGCCAGGUGGAUAUCCUUUCUUUCGUUACAUUUACCCACUUUUAUCGGCAGUUUGAUUGUUCAUUCUGAAAUUUACGUCAUGUUUUUAGUCUAA